AUGUCACGUCCAGCGUCUCCUUCGGUGGAUGGUGACGCCAGUGUCGCUGCCGCCACCGGCACGCCAAUGCCAUGGCAGACUGCGUCGUGCAUUGUGGCGUGGUACGACAAGCCCUCGAUCGUCUCUUUCGUCGUCGAGCCCUGGCUCAACACCCGUUUACACACCGCCAAGUUCGACGCCGGGGGCUACAACUGGUGCGUGAAGAUCUACCCCGACGGCCGCAAGGGUUCGGCCAACGCCGGCUGGGUCUCCGUGUUUCUGCAGCUUCUCGGUGGCACCAACAUCGACGGCGAGAUGGUCAUGGCGCAGUUCAGCAUCAGCUUGCUCGACCAGGACGGGGAGCCGGUGCCGUCGUACAGCAGAAACCGCUCCAAGAUCAAACCCUACGCUUCCAAAGACCAGUACGGCCUUCCCCGGUUGAUCGCCGGACAUGAAUUGAAGAGAUACCUAAGAGAUGAUCGUUUCAGACUCAAGUACGAUGUUGUCGUCCACAGGAUCUGUGCAAAGCCCGCCGACGCCCCCCGGCCUGUCGUCGUCCCGCCGUCCGACCUGCAACGGCAGCUCCUCGCCCUCCUGAGGAGCGAACGGGGAGGGGCCGUGACGUUCGAGGUCAGCAGCGAGCUCUUCACGGCGCAUAGGUACAUGCUCGCCGCUUGUUCCUCGGUCUUCAUGGCAGAGCUCUUCGGCCCAAUGUCGGAGAACACUGCGGGCAAGGUGCAGGUCGACGACAUGGAGCCGACAGUCUUCGAGGCCAUGCUCGAGUUCAUCUACACUGAUUCACUGCCCAAAAUUGACGGCGGCGAGAAGGUGGAGAUGGCCCAGCACCUGCUCGUGGCGGCAGAUAGGUAUAAUCUCGAAAGGCUAAAGUUGAUCUGCGAGGACAUGUUGUGCGACAACAUUGACAAGAGCACGGUGGCGACCACCCUGACACUAGCCGAGCAGCAUGGCUGUUGUGGCCUCAAGGAGGCGUGCUUCAACUUCCUCAGUCAGAUUCCGGGCAACCUUGAGGCCGUCAUGGCGAGCGAUGACUUUCAGCACCUUAAGACAAGCUGCCCUUCCCUCGUGCAGAUCAUCAUCGACCAGGCCACCGCCGUAUCCGGUCACACGUUCUCAAGAUAG